AUGCGCCGACUGCGCUGGUUUGCGGGUUUGUGGACAAGAUUUGUUUAUGUCCGUCCGGCUUGCAAGGCUCAGGCGGGUAGGCGGGGUUGCAAGGCCCGCGUUUGUGACCGGCGCUCGCCUCAUCCCAUGGGCGGCCACGGCGUUGCCAGCGCGCGUGGCGUGGCGCCGUCCCUGCGGCUACUGGGCCGAGCUGCCAGCAGCGAGAACGGGGACGUUUGUGGCUUGUACACGCUCUCCGCCUGGACAACCCCCCAAAUUGGCCAAAGCCAGGAAAGCCAGGGAAACGGGGCUACACCGACGCGGGCCGUGUACUCACAGGUGGGGACCGGCACAGUGAUCACCUUCCGCCGCGACCGGUGGGUCAUUGACCGUGAGGGGGUCCGUGACUCGGACAUGGCCGUUGCGUGGGCCAAAGACAACGGGGACCGGGGGCCACCGAGGGCCGGGUGGCACGUGUUCAGCGGCAGCGCGGGCGACUUCCUGCUCGACACCAGCAUGGCAGUUAUUGACGCCCCAGAUGUAACUUUGAUCAGCCAGCGCGCGGACAUGAACGGCGAGUACCGCUUCACAGGCUUGAGUGACGGCUAUCCUCUCUACUCCAAGGACGGUAUGAUUAUUCGCUACCACCCCGAAGGGCGAAAGUGGCUUGUUGCGGACAAGGAGCACAGAGGUACGACUUGCCUGGCCUAUGCCGAAGCGAUGGACACCCUCCAUCCCGGUUAUGCGCAGUUGCAGUGGCAUUUUUGGGAUGCUGAACGGGGACAGUGGAUUGCAGAUAGCAGUUCUCAUUGCUUGGCAGCGCCGAAAGCCAUCCACAUCCUUGGAAGACACCCCCAGGCAUGCAAUGCGCGGAUUUGUGGCACUUACCACUUGGCCGGGUUGAGGGAAGGCAGGCCACUGUACUUGCUCCCUGGGAAGAAAGCUGUGAUUCGGUACGCAGCAGAUUCAGACAGGUGGCUGAUCGACUUCGAGGCUCUGGCGGAGCCUGGGAUCCUGGGCCGGAUUCUGAACUGGGCUUUAUCUAAAGACAAUUCCGAGUGCAGCGCUUUUGCCGCGGCCCUGAACAGUUUCCACCCAGGGCAUCUGGAGUUGGAGUGGUACGUGUGGGAGACGCAGCAGAGUCGUGCGGCGCUGGAUGUGAACGUUCGUGCCUUCUCGGCGCCCUCCAAGCUGUGCGUGGUGGGCCGGGCCACGUCUUCCGAGAACGGGGACAUCGCCGGGGACUACUUUUUGUGCCCCGAAACGCACAAGGCGUGGCCGGCCUUCAGGAAGAAAAACUCUACCAUGGCCAUCCGCAGGGAGCAGACGCGCUGGGUUAUCGAUCGGGACGGCCUGCGAGACUCCUUGAUCUGCACCGCCUUUGCGUCAGCCACUCCAGGCUUCCAACAUGCAGGAGACGGUGGGAGUCAGAAAUGGCACGUCUACGACAGCAGAAGCGGCUCCCACCUACUGGAUCCCAACCUUCAAGUUCUGACUGAUGCACUUGAAGGAGUUUGCAACUCCGUGCGUGUGCUCACGGAAAGGCUGACUGACUGUGGCUGGGUCUCGGACGGGCUGCAGCUGCUGGACGCGCCCAGCCGCCGCGCCUGCGAUGGCCUGUGCCAGCGCCUGACCGACGCCUACCGCGCCGAGGCCGCAGUGGUGGUGCUGGACCAGCUCUCGCCCUCAGUGCAGCGGAGCGACGCCUUUGCUGCGGCGCUGUUGAACUUCUGGGGCGUCGGGGACCGCCGCCUCCACACGGGCCUGUUGAUUUUGCUUCUGGUCGGCCAGCGGCGCCUGGAGAUGCGGACGGGCUACGGCCUGGCGCGCGUGCUGCCGAAGGAGCUCUUGCAGCGCGUGCAGCAAGAGAGGAUGCUACCCCACCUGGCGGCUGGAUCCCCGGGCCGCGCACUCCGUGAAGGCCUGGAGGCGAUCCUGCAAGCCAUGGAAGCAGCGCCCAAGCACUGGCGCGGGCCGUUCGAACAGCGGAACAAGCCCGAUGCUGAACGCCAGGUUCGUCCGCAGGUCAGUUGCGGCGUUUGCGCGGACCUUGCUUGCGGGGAUGUGGGGACUGAGAUCUGA